AGGGAGGUUAAGAAGGGAGACAAGGGCCGAGGGAGGGAGCGAGGGAAGGCGGGGGUCGUGCCCUUGCCCCUCGGUCUGCCCAGGAGGGAGGGAGGGAGGGAAGGAGGGGGAGGAUGUCGGAGGAGCAGCGCCGCCGGGGCCGCCGCCGGGUCCCGUGGGAGUCGGAGGGGGAGCUGCCGGUGUACCUGGCCCGCCCGGGCUCCACGGCGCAGACCCCGCGGCAGAAGUACGGGGGCAUGUUCGCGGCGGUGGAGGGCGCCUACGAGAACAAGACCAUCGACUUCGAGGCCUACAGCGUCGGACAGAAGGGCUCCCGCACCCCGCGCAGCGGCAGCCGCCACGAGGGCCUCGACGCCGCCUCCGCCUCCGGAGCAGCCGACAACAACAACGGCAGCGAGACCGGCAGCGAGGUCUCCGGCUCCGUCCUGAGCUCCCCCGGCGGAGAGGCCCGGGCCACCCUGGGCAAGGUGGUGGCAGCCCUCCUGGGACCCGACGGAGGGGAGAGUGAUCGCCUGCUCAUUAAAGGUGGACGAAUUAUCAAUGAUGACCAAUCCUUCUAUGCAGAUAUCUACCUGGAAGAUGGGCUUAUAAAACAAAUAGGAGAGAAUUUAAUUGUUCCUGGUGGAGUGAAAACCAUUGAGGCUAAUGGGCUAAUGGUUAUCCCUGGAGGUAUCGAUGUCAAUACUUAUCUACAGAAGCCCUCUCAAGGCAUGACAGCUCUUGAUGAUUUCUAUGUAGGCACAAAGGCAGCUUUAGCAGGAGGCACUACUAUGAUCAUUGAUCAUGUCGUUCCUGAACCUAGUUCUAGUUUAUUAACUUCCUUUGAAAGGUGGCAUGAGGCAGCAGACACCAAGUCCUGUUGCGAUUACUCUCUCCAUGUGGAUAUCACCAACUGGUAUGAUGGGAUCAGGGAAGAGCUGGAUAUACUUGUGCAAGAUAAAGGUGUUAAUUCUUUCCAAGCCUACAUGGUCUACAAAGAUCUCUACCAAAUGACUGACAGCCAGCUUUAUGAAGCCUUUACUUUUCUGAAAAGUCUUGGAACUGUAGUCAUGGUCCAUGCUGAAAAUGGAGAUUUGAUAGCUCAGGAACAAAAGCGCAUGCUGGAAAUGGGAAUUACUGGACCUGAAGGACAUGCCUUAAGCAGACCUGAAGAGCUUGAGGCAGAAGCUGUUUUCCGUGCCAUCACCAUAGCUGGUCGGAUUAACUGUCCACUAUAUAUCACCAAGGUCAUGAGUAAGAGUGCUGCUGAUAUCAUUUCACUCUCAAGAAAAAAAGGUGCUCUUGUUUUGGGGGAACCAAUCACUGCCAGCCUGGGAACAGAUGGGACACAUUAUUGGAGCAAAAAUUGGGCAAAGGCUGCGGCAUUUUUGACCUCACCGCCUCUGAGUUUGGAUCCUACAACACCUGAUCAUUUGACGUCACUUUUAGCAUGUGGUGACCUGCAGGUGGUUGGGAGUGCCCAUUGUACCUACAGCACAGCACAGAAAGCCGUUGGAAAGGACAAUUUCACUCUGAUUCCAGAAGGAGUAAACGGGAUUGAAGAAAGAAUGACAGUUGUCUGGCACAAGUGUGUAUCUACAGGUAAAAUGGAUGAAAACCAGUUUGUUGCUGUCACCAGUACCAAUGCAGCCAAAAUCUUUAAUCUGUACCCACGAAAGGGCAGGAUUGCUGUGGGUUCUGAUGCUGAUAUUGUAAUUUGGGAUCCAGAAAAGGGGAAGACAAUCACAGCAAAAAGUCACAAAUCGGCUGUUGAAUAUAAUAUUUUUGAAGGCAUGGAGUGCCAUGGGGCUCCUCUCAUAGUCAUUAGCCAAGGAAAGGUUGUGUUUGACGAUGGAAAUCUCCAUGUAAGUAAAGGAACAGGACGUUUUAUUCCCCGAAAGCCUUUCCCUGAAUACCUUUAUCAGCGGAUCAAAAUUAGGAAUAAGGUAACAGAAUUACAAGGAGUUUGCAGAGGAAUGUAUGAUGGACCAGUCUAUGAAGUCCCAGCAACACCAAAAUAUGCAACCCCUGCACCUUCCACUAAAUCAUCUCCUGCCAAAAACCAGCCUCCACCAAUCCGAAAUCUCCACCAGUCUAAUUUUAGCUUAUCAGGUGCUCAGGUAGAUGAUAAUAACCCUCGGCGUACUGGACAUCGCAUUGUUGCACCUCCUGGUGGCCGCUCCAAUAUUACCAGCCUUGGAUAAGCUGAAAUGGAAGCUUAGAAAUCAAGAAUGAAGGAAAGGCCACGGGAACAAGCUUACUUCCCUUUUAUGUCUGUGUUGUUGGCCUCACAGUUCUCUUUGGUACUAACACGUGGGGGGAACUACUUGUCUCCUUUUUUGAAAUGUUUUGCAUAGAAAGAGGUCAUCAUAGUGUAGUGUGUUUGCUUGGAUUAACUGCCUCACAAUUGUGCUUUCAUACCUGUGUCACCUUAAAGCAUGGUGCUUCCAUUGUCCCAUUAGUGACUCUGCUGCUUUUAGCUAUGUCUUGUGUGUCUACCUGAUGGUUCCUUUGGAUGUCUUUUCCCACCCCCAGCUGUGCUAGAGUAGUGGAUGCAUGUUACUAAUGCAAGUUGCAGUUUGUGAGUGAGUCUAUUUUAGACAUGUUGCCAACAGUGAACUAGGCAUGAUGCCAAGGUACGAAAUUCCACUAAAGAAAGGAAACCAUAGAAUUUUUUUUAAAAUGCUAUAGAAUGGGUCAGACUUCUUUCUGUUAAUGUAAUUUUUAAAUUUAUUAUAGACCCAAAUAAAAAGCAUUGUUCAAUACAAGACUGAAUAGAAGAGGGCCUAGUGGCUGUUAUCCACUUAGUACAUUCCACGUCUGUACAUUUGCUUGUUUGUAGGAAGAGUCAUAAUUUAAACACGCUGACACUCCUGCCAUCCAGUUUAGAGGAUUUCACAUUUGGACAGUAGUGUUCACCUUUUGCAUGAAAUUUUUGGUA